ACCGCCGCGCCUCGCGCUCUGAUUGGCCGCCGCCUCCAAACGCACCGCCCUCUGAUUGGCCGUCCGCUCUCUCUGCCCGCCCCCAGCACCGCGGACCGCACUGCCAUUGGCUCAAAGACUGCCAAUCAAAUAUUAGUCCCGCCUCUCUUCUUCUAUUCCAGCCAAUCGGAGCGGGCUCCGCCCCCCACCCGGAAGUGCUUCUGAUGCCGCCGCCGCGUGCGGGUUCCGCGCGCGCUCCGCGUCCCCCGUGACGUCAUCGGCAGCGGCCGUGACGUCGUAUAUAGGGCUCGCGUGACGUCAUGAAGUCGCCACCGAGGCCCGUGACGUCACGCCGCGCCCUGGAGCCCCUCGGGGGCGGGGCCGCAGAGGCCCGGGCGCGGUUCCGAAUCGCGCGGUUCAUCAUGGAGGCGGGAGUGAAGCUGGGCCUGGGCUCGGCCGCCCUGGCCACGGCCUGUGGUUCCUUCCACGCUUUCGCCGCCGCCGUGGCCACCCCAGGACCCCCCCAGGACCCCCCGAGGGACCCCCAGGACCCCCCGAGGGACCCCCAGGCCCCGCCCCUGGACCAGCACUUGGUGGCCGCCGCUGCCCUGUUCGUGGCCGCCAAGGCCCAGGGGACCCCCAGGAGGGCUCGGGAUGUGCUCAACGUCACCCUCAGGUACCUGGGACCCCCUAAAACCCAUCCUGGGGG